UUCAGGCAGCAGCAUAAUAAAACCUCAUGCACCAUUAGCCCCAACACACUGACAUACACCCGCUCUUGCAAACAGCAACAACUGCACACUCCACAAUCAUGUCUUUCCUUUCAGGAUUUUUGGGUAAUAAAGCAUCAGAUUCAUUUGUUGACCAGGCAGUGGAUAAAGCAGCUGCUGUUGCUAAAAGAAAGGUGAAGGAAACACUAACUGGAAAGAAACAGGGAACUGAUAAGACCGGGGGCAUGGGAGAUCUUUUCCCAAGUAAAGAUGAGAAGGACAAUAAACCAAAGGAAAAGGCCGGAGGUGGAAUAUUUGGUGGCCUCCUUUCAACAGAAAAACCAGGGGAAAACAGCAGUGGAGGAGCCAUCAGUGCAGGAGGCAGCAAUGCAGAAAGCAACAGUGGAGCAGACAGCAGUUUCAACGAUGCACUGGAUGACCUUGCUAUGGGGUUCGGUGAGAAAUGAUGUUCUGACAAUAAGGAAAAAUCUCCCGCUUGCAAACUUUGCCUAACAUCGGCAAAAUCUCCUAGUGUCAUGGACUUCUUACUCAUGUAAAUAAUUUGAUGUCUCUUUAAUAUAUUAUGUAUGUAUGACCACUUCUAAAACAAUACAAGAAACUAUCUUUAUUAAAUCCAUAUUGAGUAUUUUGUUCAAAUAAAGUUUUUUUGUUUAAAUUUA